CUAGUGACAUUAGUAGUAGAGCCACGAGGCGUGCUCUAGUGACACGCAUCAGGCAUGUUAUAUCUAAGUACGUCCGCGUUUCAAUCGUUGAUAAUAUUAGAUAUAGCGAACGACUUAUCGUUGUUUAUUCGUCUGACCUCCUUCUGUGAUAACUCCAGUAUUUCGUGAUUCAUGUGUCCGUAUUUUAAAUAAAUAAAAUGGUUUUAUUAACUAUAUUCGCGGUAAUAGCAGUUAUAGUGAUAUUGUUUAAAGUGUAUCAAAAACUAACAUUAGGAAUAUGCCGCUCCAGUGCUCAUAUGGUGGGGAAGGUUGUGAUCGUGACGGGUGGCAACAGUGGAAUUGGACUGGAGACAGCAAAAGACUUAGCUAAUAGAGGUGCCAAAGUUAUUCUAGCUUGCCGGAGUGUUAGAAGAGGAGAGGCGGCCAAAGAAGAAAUCGUCAAGUUUAGUGGAAACACGAAUGUAAUUUGUAAACAAUUAGAUUUGGCAUCGUUCCGGUCUAUCAGGGAUUUCUGCGAGGAUAUAGUUAAGAAUGAGCAACGUCUGGACGUCCUUAUUAAUAAUGCUGGAGCCGGCGGACUCGGCAACUACAAAACACCAGACGGACUCCACGUUGGAAUGCAGGUCAAUUAUUUCGGCCCCUUUCUAUUAACGUGUCUAUUGCUUCCAUUGUUGAAGUUAUCUACACCAAGUCGCAUUAUAAACGUAUCGUCGAUGAUGCAUAAGUACGGUGAACUUGACUUUGAUAACUUGAAUAUGGAGAAAUACUGGAGUGAUUACUUGGUGUAUGCGAACAGUAAACUGUUUCUGAACAUGAUGACAUUAGAGCUAAGUAAAAGAUUACAAGGUACAGGAGUGACUGUGAACUGCUUGCAUCCUGGUAUUGCGGCUACGAACAUAAUUAGGAACAUUCCCAGUGAGAUUAUUAAAAGAGUGAUAGAAAAGGUAGUAGGAUUUAUGUUCCAAAGUACGUGGGAGGCAUCUCAGACAACAAUACUCUUGGCUGUGGCACCGGAACUGCAAAGCGUCAGUGGAAAAUACUUCAGUCACUGUCGGGAGGCCAAACCUUCAAAGUUGUCGCUGGAUGCAGACAAUACCAAGAAAUUAUGGUCUGAAUCAGAGAGAUUAGUAAAAUUUUCUGUAUCGGAAAACUAACUUAAUUUCGACACAGAUGUUAUUUUUGUAUAGUAGUAAAUAUUAAACUCGUUAUCUUUUGCAUAA